AUGUUCACUGGGAUUCAUCAUGCCACAAAUCAAAGCAUCAAGCCCUUCAAGUCUAGCGAAGAGUACCUGUAUGCGAUGAAGGAGGAUUUGGCAGAAUGGUUGAGAGAUUUGUACGAUAUUGAUAUUGACGUGAACAACAUAGUGGAGGCGCUCGAGACGGGCGCUGUCCUCUGUUCCCACGCCAAUAAUGUCACACGAGUGGCGGGAGAGUUCAUUCAAAAGUACGGGAUGGUGCGACAGGUCCAGCUGCCAACGAACGGUGUAACGUUCGUAAAUUCGGCCCAACCUGAAACUUUCCUGGCCCGGGACAACAUCUCAAAUUUCAUCAGUUGGUGUCGAAAGCAUAUGAAUAUUAAAGAUGUGCUCAUGUUUGAGACAGACGACCUAGUGCUGCGGAAGAAUGAGAAGAACUUUGUGCUGUGUCUGCUGGAAGUAGCCCGGCGGGCCUCUCGUUUCGGCAUGGCCGCCCCCGUGCUGAUACAGUUGGAGCAAGAGAUCGAGGAGGAGAUCAGAGAGGAGCUGGAGCUGCCCCUGGAAGAGACCCCGCCACUAGCCAAACCCCAGCGGCGCACCUCCAACACUCAAAACCUGGAUGAGAUGGUCCAGUACCUCAUAAGCCGCUGCACCUGCCCCACACAGUUUCCCAUGUUCAAAGUGUCUGAGGGCAAAUACAGGGUGGGGGACUCCAGCACACUCAUAUUUGUUCGGAUCCUGCGUAAUCAUGUGAUGGUGCGAGUAGGUGGAGGUUGGGACACCCUGGAGCACUAUCUGGACAAGCAUGACCCCUGUCGCUGCACCUCUAUCACCCAUAAGCUGGCACAGCGCCCUGGCACGCCGGUCCACGAGAUCAAAGGCAGGUUGCCGGGGCGCCCAGACGGCCAGGGUCCAACCAUGCCCACCAUGCUGCUCAUGAGUCGCCACGCCCAGACCCCCCUCCAGCCCGUCCUCUGGACCCCCUCCGAAGCCCCCUCCACCUACUCCCCCAGGGGCCUGAGGCCAGCCAGGACAUCACCAGACCCAGGGCUCAGAGCCUCUUGCUCCCCCAACAGAUCGUCCCUCUCUCCUGACCCAGGCCCCCGGUUCUCCAGGGAGAUGAAGACUACUUUUUCCAACAGACUGAGACAGAGUGCUUCCACAACCAAUCUCCAGCACCACCAGUCUGGGCGUAAUAAUGACUCAGCACUCAACUCUUCCACGAGGACAGGCAGAGAGGCCACACGCUCGUCCCAAGCCCCCCGCUUCACCAGCAGCCUGCCUCGGUCCAUCCAACACUCCUCCACACCUCAACCCCAGCCCAAGACUAAGCCCCAGGCUCAGAGGCCUAGAACCCCCCUGGUCUUCCACAGGUCCUCUGGGCAGCAAUCCUCCCUGCCCCAGCCCAGACCAGAAAACGGGCUUACUCAAACCUGGACAAAGUCUCAGUUUGCCUCUAAGCUAAGGCAGAGCUCCAUGUUGGGCGGCAACAGCACAGAACCCUCAACCGGUACUGCCCCCCAGAGGCAUGGAGGACCCAACACGGUAAGGGCUGCUACAUCCACCAGAUAUACCCCUGUCUGCCCCAGACAACCCACCAUCACUAUCCAGCAGCCUGAAAAAAGUGAUACUCUUCAAAAGAGCCCCGAUUUAAUUUGCACCUUCUGUCCAGCCAAAACAUUCUGGGAAGAAUCAUCUGGGCAAUGCCAAGUCAGGCCCUUCACACCCAUUGGGGGAAACUUGAGGGAUCCAAAUAAGACACCCACCCCUUAUGACAUCACAACCAACCCUUCACACAGCGACUCCAACCACGAGAGAAUGCAGGGCCUGACAAGACAGAAUGCAUUUGGCUUUCCUGUCAAUGACAAGGCUUCUCACAAAAGCACUGUGGUGUACCUUGAAGAGCCUGAGCAUCCAGAACUAUGUAGCAAAGUCUUUGUGGCAGGAGACGGAGCGAUAGACAAUGCUUACCUGUUCACCCCUCCCCCCAUCAGCCCAGCCCAGGAGGCCAGUCUGUACCAGAGUCUGGAGCACGAGAUCCUGUCCAACCUCCAGCAGCUCAGCGUUGACUCAGAUGACAGAAAACGCAAGCAAAAUGGUCAAUACCAACCAUCUCAGAAUAUCGCUGAGAGCGAUCAUGGUGGAUUCAGUACAGUUCUAGCUGGGUUCGAACCAUCUCCACAUACUUCAGCCUCUGAUGCCACACAUCCAGUUGAGGCCAGCUUUGAUGCAGUCAUCACUGAGCUCUCCAAAGGGAAUAGGCUGCUGGAAAAGGUGUGUGUGGAGAGCUGGGUGAAAACACUCUCUGGUAGCCCUAGAGCUAGUAGAGAGACUUGCAGCAACACAGAGGUGGUGAACUCCAGCCUCAAAGUGGCCAAAGCCUGUGUGACCAGCUCCUGGUCCUCUAUGGGCUCCAGUGUCGAGUCCAAAGAGCUGCCCACUGAUUCUACAAUCUCGCCUGACUCUGGGAAUGGAGUUAGCAUUAGCAUAAGUCGCAGGGUGACAGACGCCAAUUCACCUGUGUUGAACCCCAGAGCCUCUACCAUAACAGGCCCUGAUAGCCUGUUGAAACCAAGGAAUGGGUCUUUCAGGCAGAAGAGGACCUUGAAGAAACCAGAGAGUGUGCCCUCCAUCUACAAGCUGAAGCGCCGGCCCAGGCACGACUACAGACCAGGCAAGAAGCCCUCGCGAAUCCCUACCCCAAUCUCCUACAAAGGGGGUCAACCUGUGGGUGACCCUGGAGGGUCCAGAAGGGGGACACACCUAGACAAGCAUCACACACCUUCCCCAGGCAGGCAGGCAGACAGGGUUCCACAGAAAUGUAUCAGAGCUACAGGCAGCAUGGCUAUGAAGCCACAGUGAGGCUAAGGUACAGGUACUGUACUACAUUUAUUUUUGGUCAAAGCUGAAUUGAUGCAUCAGACCACACAAAGUAGUGGUGAAAGAUUAUCUGCAUACAGUGGAGCGUUCAU